AUGUCAUGCACGUCCACCACCUGGACAACACCUUAUGAAUUACAAGAAAGGGAGAGAUCAUCAAAUCUUAAAUCUUUGAGUUUUCUUUCAGGGUUAACUAAGAAGCUGUUAGUGGUUGAAGCAAGAGCAAAUGCUAGAACAGAAAGUCCAAAAAUUCGAAAUAGAAGGAUUCAGAAAAAGUUCAAUGGAACUGCUAGAAAUCCAAGGCUUUCAGUAUUUUGCUCAGAUAAGCAAUUGUAUGCAAUGCUUGUAGAUGACAAGAAUAAGAAGUGUUUGUUCUAUGCAAGCACACUGCAGAAAUCGAUCCCAAAUCCCCCAUGCAGCACUUCUGAAGCUGCUAAACGUGUUGGGGAGGCACUUGUCAAAGCCUGUACAGAACUCAACAUAAAUGAAAUAUCGUCCUAUGAUCGCAAUGGACUUUACCGUGGACAAAGGUUAGAAGCCUUUGAGAUUGCCAUUUCCAGUUAUGGAUUCUUGCCGGGAUAGGUCUGCGUCUGAAAGCUUGAGCUCUUUUGUCAAAUAUACAAUCCACUGGAGUCAAUGCUUUUCUGUGUAGUCAUUAUAACUUUUUCAUAUACAAUGCAUAUCUAUCUCCUUUCUAUUAAGGGCAAGCUAACUACUUUCCAAGAAUCUGUUAUAAUUGACUAACAGAUUUAAUAGCCUUUUUCAUUACUUGUUGCAGCACUCUUGCUAUUAUCUCCAAUAAUCUUAGGUUCCCAAGCUGAUAUUUUUGACCA